GAAUUUUAAUUAUAUUGUUCAUUUCCAAUAAACCAGUAUGGCACUCCAUAAACAAAACCAUUAUAUCAGUUAUAAUGACAAACUUGUUAAACCACUCAAAAUAAAUAAAGAAAUUUGGGGCCAGAAUAGUUUGGUAUAAUAACAACUGAAAAAUAAGUGUAAGAUUGUUUCUGAUUCCUCUUUACAAAAACAUAAUGGCAUAAUGGCGAAAACCCUUCUUUAAACUUACUAAUAAAAUAAUUACAUGGAUGAUAUCUAUUAUUAUUUUAAAGUGAGUUACUUUGACUUUAUUAGGAAUUAUAUAUUUAUUUAUCUGACCAUAGAUUCUGAACAAAAAAAGGAAGGUUAAUCCUGUUUCCACUUCACCAUUGCUUUAGGUUAAAUGCUUUUUUCUUUGGUUAAGAUUUUUCGAAUAUAAAGGUUAUUACAUUUUUAUCCCUGAUGGAAAGGCCCCCAACAGUGAGAUCUGGUAUAGAACCAAUUACAGGAUUAAACAUAUUUAAAUUUUUAACAACGUGAAGUAGUUUCUGGGAAAUACAACGAAUGAGUUUUACAUAUUCUUUUGAGGAUACAUUUAUCCCAAGAUUAUUAACAAAUUCAGUCUAAUUAUAUAGGUCCCUUAGCCUACUCUCAGCAAAGGUGAAAUGCUGUUGUGUACGGCAUCAACAUAGCAGCAACGGACAGCUGUCCUGAUUCAAAACAGUGCCCAUAGCCAGAUAAGGUCCAGGGAUGCAUCGUGGUGCAGGGGCCUCCUCUUUUUGUCCAGAGGACGAUGCACAAAGAUGGUGCCCCGCCCCGUUCUGCAGAGAGAGGGCGCGCGUGUAAAUCCGGAGGACACAGCAUCGAGUUUCUGCUUCGCUACGGAUCAACAUCAUCUUUAUCAACUCUACACGAAGUGAACGAAGACUUCGAUCUUUAUCAACUCUACACGAAGUGAACGAAGACUUCGAUCUUUAUCAACUCUACACGAAGUGAACGAAGAAAGUUGGGACGAAAACAGCGAUGGAUUUCGGAAGAUUUGUGCUGGAUAUGAAGAACUGGAUUCUGCGGGAGAUCGCCUGUGCUGCGGGGCUGUUCGUUCUCUCUGCUGGUGCGGGUUACUGCGUUUACCGCCGCUUGCGGAGAGGAAUCGCUCCUCCUGAGAACACUCAGCCUCCUCACGAGCCUGAGAACGUGCUAGGAGACACUGUAGAUACUCCCUCUGUCCUCCAGGUCGUUGAGCAAAACCUCGAGCUGCUGCCCACCGAACCCCACGAUGAACCUUCAGCUGUUGUUCUGGAGAAAGAGGAGAGCUUUUUGGAGUUGGAGGUGCCCUUUAUUCGCGAGCAUCUUUUAGAGAGAGGGGUUACUGAUAUCGGCCUGAAGCUGUGUGCUCUCCGUAAGGCGUUCUCUACCCUGCUUGCCAGCAUCCACAACCAGAACUUCUUGUUUGUGCUGGGAAAGAAGAUCGUGAUGCGUCUGGCAGCAGCUAACAACCAGGAUGUGGUUGGUGUGCAGCUGGCCUAUGAGUCACUGAUUCGAUUCCUGAGAAGUCCACCUAAUCGGGAAUCGAUUGUGACCGAGCUAUUUGGGGCCCAGCUCCACCAUUACAACUUCAUGGACGUGUUUUAUGAGCUGCUUAUCUUCCGCUACGUCACGAACGACUCCGCUCCUGAGGCAUGUGAGGGAGGAUUCUUGGAGAGGCUGUUUGCGUUUAUCAGCAUGUGGAACCCGGACGAGUGGGAGCCUGCAGCAGAGCUGUACUUCACAAUGCUUAUUGAUCAGCUGACAGUGCUUUGUGAAGUACUGUUUUCUCAGCCCCUGGAGCUCUAUAGCGACCCAGCAGCCUUAGCCAGUCCAGUUUCGCGGCUCCUCUGGCAGCAUGUCCCGCUGAUGAUUGACAUGUUGGAGAAGCUCUGAGCAAUGUCCUUCCCUCUACCCUUUACCUGAUCGCAACUUGAACACUUUCUUGCUAUAAUUAGACCCCCAAAAUUAAUCUUUUCUUUCUGUUGCAUUUCAUAUUUGUUCUUUUCGAUCACUGGUUUUCCCUAUAUUGCUCAAGCUCUCCACCAGUAAGUAUAAAUUCAUUUUGUUCUUUUUUAUUAACUUAAUAUUUAAAAGAGUCUCUUCUUCAUUAACAGGUCUGCACAGAGAACCCAGGACUGAUGACCAGUGCAACAUAUCAUCGCUCAUCCCUCAAUACUCAUACCUCAGCACUCUAUCCCUCAUUACUCAUCCCUCAGCACUCUAUCCCUAUACCCAUCACUAUUCCUUUUAGUAGCCUAAGGAUCCUGUAUAGAUGAUUGCUGUAAAUGAAUUGAUUUGUAAAUAGUUGCUACAUAGCGUUUAUAUUGUUUGCUCAAUUAAAAAAGGUUUUCACUUGCUCUUA